CAUGUCUUGGAGCACCAUGACUGUCUGUGGGCGUGUUUUAACACGCUUUUCAAGUCAUGUGUCAAUUUAAAUUUAGGGAAUACAGUUUCUACAAUAUAAACUUUGCUUGCCUCCGGAACAGAGUUGGAACAUAACUGGUUCAGUUAUCCUAAAUUAUACGCGGUCUGCGCAGGCGUUUUUCUUCUCGCGGAACUGCAAUUCCCAGAAUGUGUUUUUGAACAGCCCUUUCACUUGAAUGGCAGGGAAAUUUUACAACCGUGCAGCGUGUCGUGCGUCGUGUGCUGUUGUGCCAACUUGUAGGGGCGGGCUAGAUUUUUGCAAGCGCAGUUCAAGUCUUGGGGUUAUCCAGGGAGGCCAAAGAGAAGGCGUCCGGAAGAAGCUUUAAGAAGGCGGCCUCUUCCCCCCGCCCACAGUCUCUCUCAACCGGCAGGCAAAAAAUAAACAAAACCGCACCUAAUUCAUUUGGAACUCGUUUCCUUGCCUUAUGUUUUAAAUAUUUAAAAUUUGAAUUUAAUCCACCGCAAGCCUCAGUGCCCGUGUAAGUGUGCUGAUAUCAGCAUGUAUCAGGUGGUACCUGGGGGGGCCGGUGGCACCAUCACCACUGGCAUACCGCUAAAGCAGAAGAUGGGCAAGGACGGGCGCCCCCUGGUGGGGGCCGGGGUGCUGGGCGUGGUGCUGGUGAUCUCAGCCGUCACCGCAUGGUGCUACUACAUCGCCUCCCUGCACAAGGCCCACCUGCUGAAGGCUGAGCUGCUGGACCUCAACAAGGACGGCUUCCUCAUCCGAAACCAGGCCGGGGCCAUCGUCUUCCGCAUGGCAUUCAGGUCAGGCACGCUGGACUUGGACUCCUGCUCGAAGGAAGGGGAGAUCCUGAGCUGCGGCCGGUCGGAAGCGGGGAAGCUCAACUUCUUCAUCCAGACGGUGCGGCCCAAGGACACGGUCAUGUGCUACCGCGUGCGCUGGGAGGAGCUGGAGUCCGACCGGCCUGUGGAGCACGGCAUGUCCUACAACGGCUCGCACUGGUACGGAGGGGCGGAGUCCAGCACCCAGCACUGGCCAAUCCUCAUCGCGGGCCAGCAGGCGCCGAAGCCCUUCGUCACCAGCGACAUCUACUACAACCGCGAUGACUUCGGCGGUAUCCUGGAGCGGUACUGGCUCUCUUCGAACGCCAGCGCCAUCAAGAUCAACGACUCGGUCCCCUUUCACCUCGGUUGGAACGACACUGAGAGGACCAUGUACUUCCAGGCUCGGUACCACGACAGCCCCUACAAGCCCAAUCCCGGGCGGGCCCCCUUCGCCGAGCUCAGCUACCGCGUGUGCGUGGGCUCUGACGUCACCUCCAUCCACAAGUACAUGGUCCGGCGGUACUUCAACAAACCCAACAAGGUUCCGUCCAAGGCGAUGUUCUACCACCCCAUUUGGUCCACCUGGGCCCUGCACAAGACCGAAAUCAACCAGGAGAAGCUUCUCAGGUACGCCGCCAACAUCAAGAAAUACCACUUCAACUGCAGCCACCUGGAGCUGGACGACCACUACACCAGCGGCUACGGCGAGUUUGAUUUUGACCCCGACAAGUUCCCCAACGCCUCCGGAAUGUUCCAGAAGCUGAGGUCCGACGGGUUUCUGGUCACCCUCUGGACGCACCCCUUCGUGAACUAUGACUCUGUGAACUUUGGCGAGGGCGUGAAGAAGGGUCUGUUUGUGCGGGAGCCCACGGGAACGCUGCCCGCUCUCGUGCGCUGGUGGAACGGCAUCGGGGCCAUCCUGGAUUUCACCAAUCCAGACGCGCGUGACUGGUUCGCCUCCAACCUCUACUCCCUCAAGUCCAGGUACGGCGUGGUCUCCUUCAAAUUAGACGCCGGGGAAACCAGCUACCUGCCCUGGCAGUUCAGCACACGUACGCCCCUGCACGACCCCAGCACCUUCACCCGACGGUACACGGAGAUGGCCAUCCCCUUCAACGAGCGGGCCGAACUGCGCGUGGGCUACCAGUCGCAGAACAUCUCCUGCUUCUUCCGCCUCAUCGACCGCGACUCGGUGUGGGGCUAUGAACUGGGCCUCAAGUCCCUCAUCCCCACGGUCCUCACCAUCAGCAUUCUGGGAUACCAGUUCAUCAUGCCGGACAUGAUCGGCGGCAACCCCUACCCCAACCGGACGGGCAGCGGGCACCGGCUGCCCGACCGCGAGCUCUACAUCCGCUGGCUGGAGCUGUCGGCCUUCAUGCCCUCCAUGCAGUUCUCCGUCCCGCCCUGGGAGUACGACGCCGAGGUCAUCCAGAUCGCCCAGCGCUUCACCGCCCUCCACGAGACUCUGGUGGCCCCCCGGGUGCUGGAGCUGGCCGGGGAGGUGCUGGACACCGGGGACCCCAUCAUCCGACCGCUCUGGUGGAUCGCCACCGGCGACGAAACGGCCUACAAGAUCGACUCCCAGUUCCUGAUCGGGGACGACCUCAUGGUCGCUCCGGUUCUUGAGCCCGGGAAACAGGAGCGGGACAUCUACCUGCCGGCCGGUCGCUGGCGCAGCUACAAGGGGGAGAUAUUCGACAACAAGGGACCUUUGCAUUUGACCGACUACCCCGUAGACCUGGAUGAGAUCGCUUAUUUUGUGUGGAUGUAGAAAUCACAGAGUUCUGCUGAACAGGGGUGACGGUACAGCAGCUUUGAUGUACGUCCACACGUGGGUCUCAUUUCGCGUUCCUUGCACAACCUGUGCCUUCGAGAGUUUGGAUGUUAAGUCUUUGGAUCAGGUACAUGCGAGGCACAGAUGAAGUGACUGGGUGCGUUGCUAGACUUGGUGCGUUGCCAGCAAUUCUCCCAGAAUGCAAUCUCCAACCGUCCUAUGCAGUACGUCCGUCAAUAAGCUUUGCACAGUCUCAUAUAACGCUGUUUAAACAUGACUGACAAAGCGCUUGCUCAUACUUGGAUGUGUGUCUUGAAUUAUGCUAAAGACUUGACACUUGACACUUGUGAAAGCCACACUUCAUCGAAUGUGCUUUGCUUCACGUGGCAGAUCACACCGAAAGAUUGUGUCUCUAUCAGUAUACAUAUCAUGUGGUGAAGUCUGAAUCAUGGCCAGAUUAUGCUGAAAGGGAAGUGGAGGGAUCUGGUAGAAAUGAAUGCUGGGAAGAUUUCUCAGCAAACAAGCCUUGAAUGCUGUUCUGGUGCUCUGUGUGUUCUCAUGCUGCACAUAUGUACAUGUAUUGCCAACUUUCACUGCUGCAUUCUGAAAAAGGGAAAACUUAAAUAUACAGUGUAAUAAUGGGGAAUAUAAAUAGUGCAGUUUGCUGAAUAAGCUAAAUUAAUAUUAUUUUUUGUUAAAAAUCCCAUCAAUGACCUUGCCAUUUCAAAGGGAGGAAAUAUGCAUCGCAAGUUGAUUUGGUGGGAUUUUUAUUUUAACUUGUUAUCUUCAUGUUUUUUAUAACUUACAACUGCUUUGAGACAGUGGUAAUAACACAAGACAGGGUUAAUAGGAACGGAUUACUUGGGUGCGGAACUCAUUUCUAUCCAAUCACCAUUUGCCAGCAAAGGAAAAAAAACGAACAAGAAACUUUUUUGCCUUACAUUGAAUUACACCCAGCUUCCAUCCAAGUAUAGUUGCACAGUAUUUUUCAUUUGGAGGUUUAAAAGUGCCACCAGUCAGAAAUCAUAUUAUUAUAGUAUGUUCCGUGAUGUGUAUGUGGUGUUUAGCAUUUUUAAUCUGGUUAGUUUCCUCACUCAACGAUGCAAGCCAGCCCCUAAUCCGACCGGAGGAUUUCUUUACUGUAAACAGAGAGAUCAGCACAGUGGAGAAAACAAAGCUUGAAGCUUGCCUUCCCAAAGACGUCUCUCUCAGCAGAUACAAACAGCAAUAAUCAUGUGUAAAACUUCUGCUUCAGGUUAUCCGUAUGCACUUCAGUCACGGUGGCUGUUUCCUUGUUUAGAAAUUGGGUGAAAAGUUUAGGCCUCUUCAACUAGGCGUCCAUUGAAAGGAUUGAAGUAACUUUCUUUUCACUGAGUUUAGUUGUUUUCUUUUAGCCUAUUUCUAAACGAUUUGCAUGGGACUGCAUAUUAAUGGGGUCACUUUGUUAAGCAAUUUUAAAGUGCCAUACCACUUUUAGACAGUGACAAGUUAACUUUAGUGCCGUCAGGGUUGCUGUUUAGCCAGGGUUAUAAACCAACCAAUGCUCAUCAUUAUAGCCUCCUCAUGGAACAGAAGGAGGCAUGCGUCUAUACCAGAAUUAUUAUUAUUAUUAUUAUUAUUACUAUCAUCAUUAUUGUUAUUGUUAUUAUUAUUGUUAAUAACAGUCCUUUAGAUCCCUUAUUGCAUUUUCAGAAAGGCUCUCAGUCUAGUCUUCCAUGGGAGGGAGAGGACUUUCUGUAUCAGUAAUAUAUGGCUGGUCUUUGAUAAUACACAGGGUUGUACUACGUGUAUUACCUCUCAGUAUUAUUGCAACAUGUGCAAUGAUGUGACAGAACAAAACCAGCAGAACAGCUAAUGCAGCAAAUAAAGGACAGCAGCAAUGACUCAACUAAUGAAAAUAAAACCACUGACAGCCAUGUUGGCAGUAUAUGGUGCUUUCUUCCCAUCAGCCACUGUUAGUCUUAAGAGUAACAUACCGGUACCUGCUGGGUUAUUGGGUGCUGCUAGCUGAACUGUUAAACCGAUAUUGAUCAAACCAGAAAUAUGAAGCUGCUUCUGCACACUUGGAAUGCGUUCUGCAGGAAAUUACAAGACCAGACCUGUUUAAAUUAUUUAGCAUUGGCGCAGAAUGUAGAGAAUCAUUGAUAUUCAUUGAUCUGUUCCCUUAACUUGGUGCUUGUCCAAACUCUCCGUUAUUCUCACUGUAAUUGACGUCGCCUUUCAUUACAUUUCGUUAGCGUUAUUGCUGUCUCUGGCUGUCUGUGCUGUCGGCAUCGCUCACCCACAUCCUCAACCAAGGCUGAGUCUUUUCACGACUGGGGAUAAGGGCCAAGCCGGCCACUCAUGGGAUGCUCAAGUUGCUUUUGAGUUUGGGUUUCGACCAUGAGGCUCUCUGGGUUGGCAUGGUGAUCGUACAUGCAGGAGACCCGCGUGUCCCAGUUCCGUUCUCUUUAACUUUGCAGGCAGGAUGUUCUCACCAAAAACAACCUGACUUGACUGCAAAGUAGCUUGUCUAACCUCCAAAGCGUCUUACACUUAGUGUUCUGCCAACUGUCAAACAGAAGAUUAUUAGCAGAAGCUGAUGUUGAAGCAGCAGCUAGAAUACGCAGCGCUAGUUGUGCAAGCCAGCACCCACCCUAACUGCAGUUUUUUUGCUGCAGUGUGCAUAUUUUUGUUUGCUUGAACAACAGAGGUGCUGCUGCAUUGUGAGAAAGCCGUGAAAUUUCUUUCCACCCGGCGUCUGACACCAGGACAGUCUGUCCUUGUCCCAGGAUGUUCCCUUAUCUUUGGCCAGCAGUGCUGUGUCAUCUGUCCUAGUGCAGUGCCCCCAUUUUCACACCGGCUUGUUGUCUUGUGGGAGAUCUCAAGCGUUGCUAGGCGAUGCGCCAACAGGCAACGGGUGAAUACGCAACCUUCGCCGCGGUGUACCAGUCUCCAGAAAUGUCUUUUCCUGUGUGAGGAUGUGGGUUGAGGUUUCUUGGUUGGACUGCUGGCUUUGGCUUUCAGGCUGAGUGCAUUCUUAAUGACUGAUUUAUGCAUGAAAACAUAUUGUUAAAAACAACUCAAUGAAAAGGAUAAAAGGCUAAAAUCUAGAGAGAUUAUGAAAAUCAUUAAAAAGAAAGGAGUGAAAACCCACAACCCACCGGUUACACAGGUUGUUCUUAACUGUGCUGUUAGCUCAGUACAGCAGCAGUGUGUGUUUGCGAGUUUUAGUAGUUUUUCUUUGUUUGUUUUUUUUGCUUAUACCAGGGAUCUUAUUCCCGUUCUUUAGUGCUUAAUGUAUGUUGUUGAUUGGCUAAAGAGUUCAUACACCUUGUUGACAAGGCCUAAAAUAUCACAUUACAUUACAUUACAGCUCUCCCAAAUGGCACUGGGAGAGCGCUGAUUGUGGCCCCAUGAUGGUGGCAGAUAAUUUUAGUUCCAACCAAUUUUUCUGACUUUGUCUUUAUAUGUAAACUCUGACAGUUUCUACACCACUGGGUACUACAAGUAUAUCAGACCACAGUAAAGCAUUUUUCACCAUGGAUGCAUUGGUAGAGGUGUAGCUCAGGUCAAAGAGGUCAGGUCAAAUAUGAUUUUGGGCUGAUUAUAUCCCUUCCAGACUCAUUGAUGGUAUGAAUUAAUGUACUUGAAUAGCUUUAUUGCAGUGAACACCACUUUGAGCUGGACUGUUUAAACAAGCUACAAAAAACACCUAAAUGCACUUUUUAUAUCUGUCCAAGAACCAAUUUACUUUGAAAAGGAGGUGAAAGAAAAGUCUGUUGUUGUUCAGUUCUCAGUUGUGCGAUUCAAAUAUUUUCUGUUUUUUUUAAAUAAGCUUUUGGGUGUGGCAAGAUGCAAAGCUAUUUCAUCAUGUAUGCCUUGGUUUAAUUAUGCAAAUGUACUUCCUUUUGUUAUUAUUAAUCUUAAUGUUGGAAUAUGUCUUUGAACCUAAACAUAUUUGAUAUUUUAAGCAUGACUAAGUAGUCAUUGUAACAGAAUAAUAUUUUUAACAAUGUUUAUGUAAACUGUGUGUAGAAAAUACUGAAUGCGUAACAAGAGCUCAGUGCCAUACUAACGUGCCAUAUACAAGUGGUUGGAGGCUGAACUGUGUUCUUCCAGUGUGAUGUGCCAUUCCCCAACCUGUGCUAUCUGUGUGUAACUGCAGUAAUGGCGGAUGAGCCUGGGGGACUGGCAAUAACCAAUCACGGGCCUGGGUUCGGUCAACAUUUGACUUUGACAAUGAAAUGAAAUUAAUUUUUGCCUUGCGAGCUGUUUGCCAAGGCUCUUUUUUAAUGGUUGCUGAACUGCUGAAACUGUAAAGACCAAACAAAUAUGAAUGAAUAAAUAAAUAAAUAAAUAAAUUAAA